GUAAAAACAGUGAACGCGUCAGUCUGCUUCAGUAAGCCUUGCACAAGAAUGGCAACCUUGCACCUGAAUGGCAUCCGAGUCCUUUAACAAGCGAGAAGAGAGCCGGGGGAGGAAAACGGAGCGACGGGCGGAGAGAGAGAGAGAGAGAGAGGAGAGGAAAGUGAGGGGCAAGUGUUGUUCCUCUUUGUGACUUGUGACUGUGGAGCGCGGAGAGGCGGCCAUCCCCUUCUCCUUGACCCGAUUAAAACCCCACUCCCCUCGCACCUCCGGCUCCGGGACCCCGACGAACGCCGAGGAAGCCACUGAGGAGAGAAGAGGAAGGGGCAGAUCUAUGGGCAACUGCAAGAGUUCAUGUAUGUUUCUCUGGUCAAUCGUGAUGUUUGGUAUUGGACUGUAUGUUUUAUAAACUAAAACUUAGAUGCAAUUGGCAGCAUUAAUUCCUUGGCAAAAGUCAAGGUAAGAAUAUGAAAUCCUAGCUCUGAAUUGAACAAGUACUUGCCAUCACCAUCAUGUUGAUAAAUUAGCAAGAUUGCUAACUAGUUGGUCUUGAUAUCUUGUUGAUAUAUCAGACUAAUGAUAUAUAAGAAACUACAAGUAUCUUCUGCCUUGUUCUACCCUUGCUUGGUUACAUGAAUAACAUAUCACAAAUAGUUGCAUUCAAGAGUUUGAUUCGUAUAAUCAGAAGAUAAAGAACUUAUAUGUUGUUGGCCAUUCUUGUGGUGGCCGAUAUUGUAGCCUGUUUAUUGGAACUGCGACAUGCACAUGAAUUUUUCCAUUGCAUGUUCUCUCUUUCUUUGUUUUGUAAUUUUGAGUUAUUGCACUUGUGCAAACAUCAGCUCGUGCACUCCUAGGAAAGGCCCAUGUUGUUCCGGAUCCAGAAUGGAGGAUUCGGGACUUCGGAAAGACCCAUGUUCCAGAUUUCGAAUGGAGGAUUGAUGACUUCUCAUAUGCUUAAGACUGGAGCUAAGAGAGCAACAUCUGGCCCUUUUCACUGCUCUGGUUAUAACUGGGACCUGCAAGUGAGUCUAAUGCAUAAAGAAGCUGGUUCUGUAACUCCAUAUGUUGCCCUUCGUCUUGCGUCAUCCACACUAAGCUUGGUGCCAGCUCACACAGUGCAUGCGGUGUUUGAGUUGUCAAUAUGCAACCAUUCAAAAGGAAUGUACUAUGGAUGCAAAGCUAGCUACAACUUUGAUUUCAAGAAUUUCUACUCGAAGGAGCAUUGCUUGAUUCCUCUUAAGAAGCUGCUGAAAUCAUCUGCUUUUCUAGUUGAUGAUGGUUGUGUCUUUGCUGUGGAGAUAUUAAAAAUUGAUGUCUGCUCUCCUGAAAAGAAGGCUGUUGUGGUUCAGAAGAAGGCUACCACAGUUCAGAACCUCUUUGUCCAGGAGAAGGGGUUCGUCAAAGGGACAUACACCUGGAACAUGAACAAUUUCCUUGAACUGGACUUGGAUCACUGUGUCCGUUCUCCUACAUUUGAAGUUGGCGGGCAUAAAUGGUGCAUCAGCAUGUACCCGCGUGGUGACUUGUACAGCACUGAUUGCCUCAGCUUGUACUUAUCCCUGGAUGCCUCGAAUGAGCUCCAUCUCGAGUCCAAGAAGGUGGCUGUAAUGACUCUGUCCAUCCUGAACCAAAAGAAUGGGAAACACUUGACUAAAACUUCAGGUCUCUUCAUAUGUGAUGGCGGAUGGGGUUGGCCUAACUUUCUUGCUCUCAAGAAACUCAAGAAAGGCUAUGUUGUAGGGUCGAGCUGCAUUGUGAAGGCAGAUCUCACUAUCGUUGGUUUAUCCAAUGAUGGCUAGAUCUUUACCUCAUGCCGAUGGAGAUAAAGCCCUUUCAUCCUCCUAGCAAGACUUAUAUAUGAGAUAAUGUUGUGGUAGCAGCACUAAAAACUUGUGGGGUGAUUAGUAGUAAUGAGCUGGAUUUGAGAAGUGAGACUUCACGCAUAUAUUUCUAGGUAUUAUAUAUCAAGCAGAAAUAUGUUAUUGGAAGUACUUGAGUUUGCAUGGAUGAUGCAACUAUGUCGGUCAGCUUGUCUCGCUACAUGGAUGUUUGAUUCAGCUGAACCAUGUUAUCUCUCGCUUGGUUUUUGUGCACCAUGGAUGUCCCCAGUUGAUGAAUCUUAUGGUUCCAUGUAAAGCACUUUGCUUCUAUUUAUUUUGAGAAGGAAAACGGCUCUUCCCUUGUC